AUGACGUCACAGACGCGACAGGUGCUCCUCUACGGACGGACGGCCCCCUCUGCCCUUACCCCUCCGGCGCUGCGGUUGCUAAGCAAUGACACCGCGGCGUAUCUUGCCGGCCCGCUGAGCACACGGGUCAUACCUUGCGUUUACGUGGGGAUCCCGGCCAACGUUGCCAUCUUGUCUGCCGUGGCCACUAAAGUCAGGACAGUGUCGUCAACCAUCCUCUACUGCAGCCUGGCCGUCUCCGACCUCUUCCUCCUCCUCUCUCUUGUCUUGACAAUGAAGGCCCACUACCAUCUCCACGGCAACCACUGGAUGUUCGGCGAGACUGCCUGCCGCGUUGUCACGGCCUGUUUCUAUGGCAACCUCUACUGCUCGACCCACACGCUAGCCUGCCUUAGCAUCAAGCGUUACCUGGCUGUGGUGCACCCCUUCCUCUACAAGAGCCUUCCCAAGAGGGCGUGCACCGUUUGGGCCAGUUUGGCUGUGUGGGGGGUGUUUGGGGCUGCCGUCAUACCUAAACUACUGGUCCGUCAGAGCUACCGCCUACCCCAGCUCGGCCUCACCACCUGCCAUGAUGUACUCCCCCGGGACUACAGCUCCCAUGCUCCUCUGCUCUACUACAAUCUGGGCCUGACAAUACUGGGUCUAUUAGUCCCCCUGGUGGUCACGGCUGUGUGUUACACACGGAUCGUACGAGAACUCAACCGCUCGCACCACGACUGGACACUGUAUGUCAAGGCCAGCUCACUGGUGUUUGUGAUCUUCGUGGCAUGUUUCGGCCCCGCCGCAACCCUCCACUUCCUGCAUUACGUACGCCUGUUGGAGGGCGGAGAGGAGAGCUUCUAUGGCUACUUCAAGGUAGCGGUGUGUCUGUGCUGCCCGCAUUCCUGCCUGGACCCGUUCCUCUUCCUCCUCAUGUCUAAAUCAGCCGGAUCCAAACUCUACUUCAUGACCCUCAAGGGGAAGAGACUGAACACCUCCACCUGA